GUGUGUUGGACUGCUCCCGUAACCCCUGUGAGGCUGGAACAUGUAGGAAUGAUGCCACCAAUGGCUACAUCUGUACCUGUUCACCAGGCUGGACGGGCCGUAACUGUGACCAGCAAACAGCUGCGAGUGACUGUUCAAGUGUCGUGUGUCAGAAUGGAGGGAGCUGUCAGCAGGAUGGGUUGGGGGGUGAAAUGUACCUGCCUAGAUGGGUUUGAGGGGCUCGUUCUGCGAGACCAGGGCGUCUGAUGGUGACCCCUGUCAGUCUCUAAGCUGUGGCUCAGGAGCAAGGUGUGUUGUUGAAAACCACUGCCCUCCCAUUGGAGAGUGUAUUGCCAUUCCACGUUGUGUAUCGUCUCUGAUUUGCCAGCCGCCUAACAUCACAAGGAUUGUGUUAGAGACAGCAGAGGGCACCUACAGGUGUGGUGUGAACUGUGUGAGUGAUCAAGAGUGUUCUGAGGGGGAAGUUUGCUGUUCUACAGGACCCUGUCAGAGCUCCUGCCAGCCUGGACAGCAAGGACUGUCUUCCUGUCAAGUCCAGCGUCAGAUCCAGCGUAGCCUUUACGAGGGCAUGGCUAACCUCUCCACUGUCACCCACCUCAAAUACAGGCAGUACCUGGACGGACUAAAGCAGGUACCUGACAGCAGAGCCCUCUUCAGGUUUGAUCCCAUUGUCCAAGACCUACUGAUGGACCAGCCUAUAGGCGAGGUCGUUAAGAAAGCUUAUGAACUCGACACAGCUCCCAUCGACUACCAGUGCAACGCAGAUGGCGACUUUGAACCCAGACAGUGCAGGUUGUAUAUCAAUGGCACUAAGAAGGCAUGUUUCUGUGUUGAUGUUGUUGCUGGUGUACGGAGAGGGGAAGAAGUGAUGUGGCCGGGAGAAGUGACAUGUACACAAGAGAAGCUAGGAAGGUGUCAAGUGGUUGAAUUAGAUCUAGAGGCAGUCUGUACAGGUGCCAGCUGUACAGAAGACCGGGACUGUGAUGCUGAACUUAAGUGCUGUCAGGAUGAGUGUGGCCAGAACACCUGCCAAAAACCUGCAGAUCCAUGUAGCGGGGUAGUUUGUCAAAACUUUGGCUCCUGCUUCCCCAAACGUGAUGCUCCUCAAGAAUUCUACUGCUCCUGCCCAGAUAGAUUUUCUGGUAACUUUUGUGAAAUACCUGAACCGUCUCCCUGUGACACUGACCCGUGCUUAAAUAGGGGUAUGUGUGAUGUUGAGGAUGGGCUGGUGUCCUGUAUCUGUGAAUUCCCGUACCGGGGUCAGUUCUGUGAGGGUUCCUUUACCUCCAGUGAUCCAUGUGACGCUGUGGGCUGUACUGCUGAUGAGAUGUGUCUCGUUAGAGAACAACAGGCUACCUGUUACAGUAAAGCAGAAUUGGCACAGUUCUCGUGCAAUGCUAGUACCUCUGCUGUGUACUGUAGUGUGAAUGCUGAGUGUUACCUGGAUGACUACCGUCACCACCGCUGUGUCUGUAAACCAGGUUUUUCAGGCGUUAAUUGUGAAAUAGCAGAAAAAAAAGAUGGACGUUGUACCCCAGUUAACACAACGGCAGUGAUAUUGAGUGAUGUGAAUGAUGACGCAUGUCCACCUACAUGUAUGUUUGAUGCGGAUUGCUCAGGGCAGGCAAAAUGCUGUGGCUAUAGCCAAAGGUGUGGAAAAACAUGCUCCCAGCCACUGACCGAUAUUACAGUGUGUAACAUACGAAGAUUGGAAGCUGCACAAACCAAUAUGACUCUGACCCUUCUUAGAAGCCUUCAGACCGUCACUGUGUCAGAAUUCUUUGGUAAAGUCUCCACUGACAUUGUUGAAAUGGUCAAGGGUUAUUACCUUAAGUCUGGAAAAACAGAGAGUGAGUUGCAGACCAUCCUUCAUCUGGUAGGGGAUAGGAGCAUGGCUCAGUUUAUGUCUUCUGCAGCCAUAGACGGCCCAGUAAUACCACCCAACUGUACGGGAGAUGGGCGAUUCUUCCCUGCCCAGUGUCGUGGGGACAACUGCACUUGUGUGAAUGUUCUGACCGGCGAUCCUUGGGGACCCUCAGCACCGCUCUCUGUUAUUAACUGUGCAGUCAAACCAGGGAACUGCAGUGCACAGGCAGGAGACCAGUGCAGUGUGCCUUGUACAAAGGAUAAUGAAUGUCCAGGGAUAGAGAAGUGCUGCAGUUUGACCUGUGGCCAGACUUGCCUGCCUCCCAAAGAGUUGGCUUGCAGCAGUAGCCCUUGUCAAAACCAAGGUGUGUGUACGGCAUUCGGAGUCGAUCGCUAUGCAUGCGGGUGCCGUGCUGGUUUCUCUGGAGCCCACUGUGAAUCAUAUGUCGGCACUGCUUGCUCCAGAACGCUUAACCUUUGUGGGGCUGGUGGAACGUGCCAGCCUGUGGGCAAUGAGAACUACAGGUGUAUGUGUAUGAGUGGCUACUAUGGCGACCAUUGCCAAUUCUACAACGGGACUGUGGGGACGGUCUGCACAAGGACGCCAACAAUCUGUGAAAAUGGCGGAUCCUGUAUGCCUGAAGGCACCAAUGGCUACAGAUGCAUGUGUUUCUUUGGAUUCUAUGGUCGAAAUUGCGAGUAUCACAAUGGAACUGUACCCCCUCCUACUGGAGUCUGUCAGAAUUUUUUCUGCCCCCUUGAGAUGUACUGUGUAGCACAGGAGGAGUGUAAGGUGGGAGAGGGCAAUAAGACAUGCAGAACAACUCCUGUAUGUAAAGCCAGAGACAUGUGCAGCACUAACCCCUGUAUGUUUGGUGGUUCCUGCACCCAGGACAGCGUGCAGGGCUACAGGUGUUGGUGUCAGCAGGGAUUUACAGGGAGAAAUUGUGGCAUCCCGGCCCCACACCGAGGAGUUUGUGGGAAAGUGGACAUAGUGAAACUGCUUCACAAGUUAGUGGCAUCUCCAUCAUCACUAGGAGCAGACUGUGUGGUGGACUCUGACUGUGGGAGUGACCAGAAAUGUUGUCUCUCAGACUCGGGGGUCAGGUGUGUCUGGCCAGAAGCUACAGGUGCGAGCUUGUGUGAACAGCAGAACUACACUAUGAUGAUGGUGAAGGAAAGCUUGCGAAACCUGAGCCGUGUAGACAACGUUACGCUGUCACAGCUGAUGAUUUUUGCUGAGGAUAAUCGAGUUCAACGUUACAUCUACCAGAUGUACAAGGUGAAUGUGUCUCAGCUCCUGGGCAGUCUGGGUGAACUACAAAGCCUAAGUGUGGGUGCUUUACUGAACAUGUCAAGCCAGUAUCUAGCCUUGCCUUACCCCAACUGUACAUAUGACAGCCGGGAGUUUGAGCCCGUGCAGUGUUCUAGAUUUAUGAAUGGAAGCAUCCAGCUGUGUUACUGUGCCGAUGUUGAGACUGGAGAGAUGGUAGGCCAGGUGACCUAUUAUCCGUGGAAACCCGUCUGCCAUCGUCAAGAUGUCGGCACUGCUUGCUCCAGAACACUUAACCUUUGUGGGUCUGGUGGAACGUGCCAGCCUGUGGGCAAUGAGAACUACAGGUGUAUGUGUAUGAGUGGCUACUAUGGCGACCGUUGCCAAUUCUACAACGGAACGGCGGGGACAGUCUGCACAAGGACGCCAACAAUCUGUGAAAAUGGCGGAUCCUGUAUGCCUGAAGGCACCAAUGGCUACAGAUGCAUGUGUUUCUUUGGAUUCUAUGGUCGAAAUUGCGAGUAUCACAAUGGAACUGUACCCCCUCCUACUGGAGUCUGUCAGAAUUUUUUCUGCCCCCUUGAGAUGUACUGUGUAGCACAGGAGGAGUGUAAGGUGGGAGAGGGCAAUAAGACAUGCAGAACAACUCCUGUAUGUAAAGCCAGAGACAUGUGCAGCACUAACCCCUGUAUGUUUGGUGGUUCCUGCACCCAGGACAGUGUGCAGGGUUACAGGUGUUGGUGUCAGCAGGGAUUUACAGGGAGAAAUUGUGGCAUCCCGGCCUCACACCGGGGAGUUUGUGGGAAAGUGGACAUAGUGAAACUGCUUCACAAGUUAGUGGCAUCUCCAUCAUCACUAGGAGCAGACUGUGUUGUGGACUCUGACUGUGGGAAUGACCAGAAAUGUUGUCUCUCAGACUCGGGGGUCAGGUGUGUCUGGCCAGAAGCUACAGGUGCGAGCUUGUGUGAACAGCAGAACUACACUAUGAUGAUGGUGAAGGAAAGCUUGCGAAACCUGAGCCAUGUAGACAACGUUACGCUAUCACAGCUGAUGAUUUUUGCUGAGGAUAAUCGAGUUCAACGUUACAUCUACCAGAUGUACAAGGUGGAUGUGUCUCAGCUCCUGGGCAGUCUGGGUGAACUACAAAGCCUGAGUGUGGGUGCUUUACUGAACAUGUCAAGCCAGUAUCUAGCCUUGCCUUACCCCAACUGUACAUAUGACACCCAGGAGUUUGAGCCUGUGCAGUGUUCUAGGUUUAUGAAUGGAAGCAUCCAGCUGUGUUACUGUGCCGAUGUUGAGACUGGAGAGAUGGUAGGCCAGGUGACCUAUUAUCCGUGGAAACCCGUCUGUCGUCGUCAAGAUGAUGGUGACAUUUGCUCAAGCAAGCCAUGUUGGAAUGGAGGAACAUGUGUGCCAUUGGGAAGCGACUAUUACUGUGAUUGUGCAUGUGGGUAUGAAGGCAGACAUUGUGAGAUGCAUCGCCAGACUGCCCCAUCACUUUGCCAGAUGAAGUACUGUUCUCCUGGGACACACUGUGUUGUAGAGCAGCAGUGUAGAUAUGUGGGACCAGGGGCUGAGGAAUGUCAAGCUACUACUGUAUGUAGAGAUAUUACAGUGUGUAACAUACGAAGAUUGGAAGCUGCACAAACCAAUAUGACUCUGACCCUUCUUAGAAGCCUUCAGACCGUCACUGUGUCAGAAUUCUUUGGUAAAGUCUCCACUGACAUUGUUGAAAUGGUCAAGGGUUAUUACUUUAAGUCUGGAAAAACAGAGAGUGAGUUGCAGACCAUCCUUCAUCUGGUAGGGGAUAGGAGCAUGGCUCAGUUUAUGUCUUCUGCAGCCAUAGACGGCCCAGUAAUACCACCCAACUGUACGGGAGAUGGGCGAUUCUUCCCUGCCCAGGUGUCGCGGGGACAACUGCACUUGUGUGAAUGUUCUGACGGGCGAUCCUUGGGGACCCUCAGCACCGCUCUCUGUUAUUAA